ACCAGCAAGACCCUGGGCCGCCAAAGCAGAGUGUGCGAACUUAACCACUUGGCCAUGGGCCGGCCCCUAGGUCCUUGGUUUUAAAACAGGAUUAUAUUACUCUAGCACCAUUGAUAAAGAGAUUUGGUGACAAAACAUGAGAAGCGAAGCCAUUUUAAACCUAUGACCAUAGAGCUUGGUUAAAUAACCGUUGUUCUGCACAUUAUUCUGUUAUUGUAGUAAGCUCUUUCAUCAAGUAGAUACUUGAUGCCACACACAAAUUGUGUUUAACAAUAUAGAACUCUGGGAUCAGACACUCAGGGUUUAUGCAGCCAGACAAAUUGAGUUCAAAUCCCAUUAUUGUCACAUACUCUCUGAGAAAUUUUGGCCAAGUUACUUUUCUGAGCUUGAGCUUUUUCAUCUGUAAAAUGGGGAUGGUGGUAGUACCUUCUCCUAGAGCUGUGGCUGGGAUUACGUGAAUGAGCAAAUGUAAGCACUUAGCGAGUGCCUGGUGUAUAGUAAGUGUCCAGUACAUGUUAGUGUUUAUUCUUAUUCAACUUACUACUUGACUGUUUUCGUGAGAGAGGAAUACUAUUCAGGUAAAUUACACACUUGAAUAAUUGGGUAAAGGAUGGCUACUUUCUAGGUCCUUAUGAAUUACCAUUCCAGUUCGAGGGGGGACAUGGAAUGGCAGAAAAAAAAACCAUUUUUUCCACCAGUAUACCUAACAUGUAUAUGGUUUGUUUUCUAAAUGAAAAAAUCCAGGCACCUGAAUGUCUCACUUGUUUUAAGUUGAAAAUUUAUAUAUGAAAACCUUGUGAAAUCUGUGGAAAUGAAAUCACAUUUAAUUGUGUAUUUAAUGGAUCAUGCCUAUUGAAAAAAGUCAAAACUGUGCAGUGUGAAGACUGUUCUUGGAAGUCCCGGGCUAGGAGUAGCCAUAAACCUACAGGGUGAAAUUACAGCCUUUCAGAGCUGAGCUAAACCCUAGGGAUCAUGAAAUGAGACUCUAUCUCCUCCUUCAGGUUAAAGGAUGUGCUAAGUAUUUGCACAAUUAAAAGCCACUUUUGAAAUUCCUAUUGUGAAUUUCUCAAUUGUUUUCUAAUCUUUCAGUAUGGUUAAUUCACUUGCAUGCUCAUGAAAAAAAGUCCCUAACAUUAUAUAGCCUACCUUAUCCUGGGAUAGACACUGUGACUUAGCCAAUGAUACAUUUUAUAUAUUUUAUUCUUAACUGCAUGUUUUCAGAAGUAGUGCCAACAGGGACUAAUCAAUAAAGUGAAGUCAGUUGGGUUCCUCACAGAUUGCUCUUCCUGGAUGCUGCAUUUGAGUGAGGGGCCUUUUUGCUUGGAGGCCACGUGCAUAACAUGGGCAGUGGCUCAGAUGGCAGCUAGCGGGGCAAGAAAUUGGCAGAGGAGGAGCUGAGCUUGCUAGCUGCUGUGGAGAAAACUGAAAUGCGUGCAAACUCAGUGCGUGGACAAGCUAUUCUCUUCUUCCCCUCCUCCUGCACUCUGCCAACUUUGCAACAACAAAUUAAAACUUUGUCAUGAACUUAUCUGAUUUAUAGAUGAAGAUAUCAAAACUCUGACAAAGAGGUCAGAGUUUCAUAACUGUUAAUACCUGACAGACCUGGGACUCAAACUUCUGGCUUUCUUCUUCUAAAGGUUUAUCACAACACCCAUGUUGGUGACUGGGGAAUGCCAGGAGUUACUCAUUUUCCUCAGUGAAGAGUGUUCACGGCAAAUGUUUCUUUCUUUAAGACAAACGGUAAUGUUUAGCAUUAAAAAAAUGGAUAAUUUUUAUUCUUCCUAACUGCACACUCUUUGUUCAGACAAGUGUGAAAGUCAACACAGGGCCUUCAGGCCCAUGGGAAGUUUUCCUAUCAUACGGUGCCCUCUCCCUGCAGCUCCUGGGAACUAGGCGUGUGUGCCUAGCUGAGAAGUAGAGGAUAAAGUAAGGAAUUGGGUGGAACGUCUGGUACUAAGAGCAGUCUUUCAUUCCCAUGAUGUCAUCAAGCAAGGCUGCUCCCUACACGGGAGAACAGAUUUUGAACAAUUACAUGAAAUCAAUUAUCUCAUGUCAUGAAGUUCAGAACAUUAUCAUGUCUUGAAAUUAGUUGUUUUGCUGUCCCUGACUUUGCUUAAUCACCUUGUGGUUUCAUUCAGAAAGAUGCUCUUAUCUCUGAUCUUUUUCUCAGUGAUGCUUCUAGAUUUGGGGAAUUUUCUAGGCUGUUGACAUAUUUGAUGCUUUAUAACUUCAGAAUUUAUAGUAUGGAUUUAAUGCUUUAAAAGAGGAACAAGGCAGUGUUUUAGAAAACAGACAUUUAGCUUUAAAAGACACUGCAAAGUGCAGAUCACAAUUGAUAUUCUCCCCUCUCCCCCUUUGCCUGUCGUUUCUACGGUUCAUGCCAUUUGUUAGGUAGUGGGACUUCAUACAUGUUACGUUUUCAGUGUUCUGCAAUGUCAGUUUCCCUAAACAUGAAACGAACAAAGAAACAAGAAUCUCCUGGGGAUAAAGGAAAGCUCUUGCUCUAUAAAUAGCAGAUAGAAAAUACGGGUUUUUUUCCUUUGAAUUACCCUGUGUAAUGACUGUAUUUGUCUGUAGGAGAAAGCGCUCAGUGUGGUCUGUUCUCAGUUACCUUUCUUAAAGACACGCACAGAUAUCUACACAGGGCACGUGGCACGCCUCCGAGGCCCAGAGCUCACAGCUGGUGAGACUCAGGCAGCACAGGGCCACUUCUGUCCCUGCUUGCCGUCCGGAGCAGCGGCUGCGGGACUGGAGGACCGCCUGGGAGGUGGAGCCUGCCUGCUCGCCGCAGCGACUCCCUUCUCCUGUCUCCGCCGGCUGUGUGUUGGCGCCCCAGCUCGGGUGUGCUCCUGGGGUGGAAGAGGCAGGGUGUGCUCGCAGACCGUGGGAUACACUGCAGUUUCUGUUUGGGGUGCCCCGGGAGAGAAACACCGGGAAGGGAAGACACUGCCAGUGCCAUGGGUCAGCUCUGCUGCUUUCCUUUCUCAAGAGAUGAGGAAAAAAUCAGUGACCUUGGAAGCCCAUCCUCUAUAGUCCUGCAGAAAUACAGAAAGGACAUACCCAGCUGGCCAAGUGGUGAUAAGAAUGGAGGGGAGCCUGAUGAUGCUGAACUGGUAAGACUCAGUAAGAGGCUGGUGGAGAAUGCGGUACUCAAGGCUGUCCAGCAGUAUCUGGAAGAAACACAGAACAAAAACAAGCCAGGGGAUGGGAGCUCUGUGAAAACGGAAGAGGCUGAUAGGAAUGGCACUGACAGUGACAACAACAAGAAAUGAGACCCGAAUGCAGGCAGGCCCCCACUGCUCCAGGAGAAGCGUCCCUGCCCGCCUCUGCUGAGUCAAUGGACUAAUUUGCAUUGUGCUGUUUAAGUGUCUCUUGUCCAGUGUGUGGAGAUUGCCUGCUACUUUCAUGAGCGAUGUGUGUGCAUUUCUGAAACAACAGAAGAGAAAUGGAGAGCCGAGACUAGCAGAGGAAAUUAUUUGUGAAAGAACAGCCCAAGUUUCACUGGCCCUCAGCCAUGGCCAAGGGAGAGGGGACUUUGGGUUGCCUCGUGGACUCAAAUUAAAGGCCGUGGAAGGGGCCUUGCCGUAAAUGGAAUACUGCCAUUUAUAUUACUCAGCAGGGCAUUUGACUACUAUAUCUGAGGCCAAAACACACAGCUAACAAGUGCUAAAUUUAAAAUAAUCACUGUUGAAAUUAUUGUCCAUAGUGUUUCAUGUUUGUCCUAUGUUUGCUGUUGCUAUGCAGUGAUCUUUCUUUACAGUAAAUUUGUUUCAUGUAAAUGAUAUAUUUUUGGUGAAAUGCAACCUUUUCUAUAAAAUGUGGGCAACAUUUUCAAGGUUUCUUUUUAACUCUCUUUUGACCCUCUUUUGAUACGUCAAUGUGUCAUAUUUAAUGUUCUUCAUUGGCAUUUCUAUGUAAAAUGUAUUAUAUAAUUUUUUUCCCCAUAGGCAAGAAACCUAUUGGAAUCCUGGACUUACUUAAUGAAGCUUUGCGUCGAGAAAGGAUGAGAUUGAAGUCCAAAGUGAAACAGAUAAAGGAACUUUUACUGAAGCCUGAGACUCAGGCCAAAAUUAGGAGGGAGCUUUUGGAAGGAAGAUCCCUUAACAGCAGUGAUCAAGGAAGUGACGUUGAUUUCAGUACAGCUUUGACAUGAGCUCUGCAUUGCUAUCAUGGUUCCAUAGUUUAUGAAAUCUUUUCAGUUUAUUAAAUAGCUCUUUGGUAAAUACCAAAGGAGUUUUCUGAUAGUGUCUGCAGAGCGGCAAACCAACAUCUGGUAAGGAAUUAACAAUUUCUUGACAAAGAAGACUGAUUCUGCCCUGUUAUUUUUUAAGCUAAAUUUGUGUUUUGGAAUGUUUGUUUCUGUAAUAUCAAGAGUUGAUUUAUAGAAAGGACUUCUUAAUUAGCUGUUGUGAGAUGUUCUUUGGGUCCUGCAUAUAAAAUAUACAGACUGUGAAAAAUAAUUUACAGAUAAAAAGAUACAGUAUUUUAAAGAUCACUUGCCUCUUGUUGACAUGAUUGUUUUUGUUAUUAAAUCAAAAGAAGCAUUGUCCACAUGUGUCUAUAUCUUGAGUUACUUUUAAUGGGAAUUUGAAUGUUUCUUGAAUCUAGUACUUGAAUGAAAAUUUAUAAAUGUAAUUAUUGCAAUCACUGGUUAAGAAUGUUUUAUAAUAUCCGUAUGUAUUAUUUUUUAAUGAUCAAAAUGUAGUUUGCUUUUUCAUUUCUUAAUGAAUAAAUGUUUAGGAUUUUUACUUUCUACUUUUCUGAAGAUAAGCCCCAGGUCUUACCAUGUUCCUUAUAAUCUGAAUUUGUUUGCACUGGUUCAUUUUUAAAUAAAAUUCUUGAAAAAUUUCCCCCCACGUAAUAAUCAUUGGUAACAGCUUUCUCUAUAGUCAUUUGUAAAAUUGCUGCUACCAAGAGAUCAUGAUGGAGGGGAAAUUAUUGGAAAUCAAAUAUGUAGUCAUUUCAAAUAUAAAAUCCAGUUUAUUCAUGGAUUUUAACUAUUUUUUCACUGGGUAAAUUAUACUACAUUUAUUUAUAAGUGAGUUUAUGCAUUUUCAUGCCUCUUAAUAAACGUAUUGUUUUCCCUUGUU